AUGGGGAUUCAUGUGACACCUCUUCAAAUUCAAUCCAGUUCUACUGAAGUGUGUGUUCUUGAUAAGAAAGCCAUAUCACAUGACAAUGAGGAUGAAUACAGACCUAUUCAAUCUGAAGAUGAAGAGGAUCUGGACCAAAGGGAACAAUCUCAAGAUGAGGAAACUAGUGCCUCUCCCUUUAGAGCAUUGGAGGAUAUCACAGAUACUACAAUACAGGAGGAGGUGGCUGAUAUAGAUAAGCCUUGGUGUAUUGUUGGAGACUUUAAUGUAAUCACUGAAGUGGAGGAAAAGAUUGGAGGGCUGCCUUACAAUAUGAACAAAAGCCUUGAAUUCAUAAGUGUCAUUGAAGCAUGUGGCCUCACAGACUUGGGUUUUCAUGGCCAAAGCUUCACCUGGUGCAACAACAGGGACAAUGAUGCUAGAAUAUGGAAGAGGUUGGACAGGGCCAUGGUGAAUGAUAGGUGGUUAGAGAUAAUGCCUAUGACUACUGUGACUCAUCUAGCCUCUACAGGUUUAGAUCACUGUCCUCUUUUAGUUGAAUGUCAAGAUAAUCAUAGUAAUCCCAUCAAAUACUUCAAGUUUCUUCACUGCUGGACAGAGAAUGAUACUUUCCUGGAUACUGUUAAAACCUGUUGGGAUAGGCAUAUGGAAGGAAAUCCUAUGAGAAUUUUCCACCAGAAGCUUAAGAGGGUAGCUAACACUCUUAGCAAGUGGUCAAGACAACAAUAUGGAGACAUAUAUACCACAGUUAAAGCGUUUGAAGAGAAAGUACAGCAGGCAGAAGAAGAUAUCAUCCUUGAUAAUUCUGAGGAAAAUAGAAACAAGCUUCAUCAAGUGAAUGCAGAAGGAAGGAGGAGAAGGUUACUCAUUCAUAAAAUCACUGAUGACCAAGGAAACACUAUUCAAGGUGAUCAGAACAUAGCAACUGCUGCCUAUCAGCAAAAUCAGAUUCUUAAUGCUAUGCCUACCAAGGAGGAGUUGAAAGCUGCUGUAUUUUCUCUUAGUGAUGUGUCUGCAGCAGGUCCUGAUGGAUUUAAUGGUGCUGAGGUGCUGUCAAGACUUCUCAACAACCUUCAUCAACACUAUUUGUACAAAGGUUUUCACAUGGAAAAGAAGGGUCCUCUAAUUAAUCACUUGAGCUUUGCUGAUGAUGUAAUUAUUUUCACCUCAACCUCUAAGUAUUCUCUCAAGUUGAUCAUAAAGACUCUGCAGUUGUAUGAACAUACAUCAGGACAGCUUGUUAACAAAGACAAGAGUCAAUGUAUGAUCCCUUUGAAUACUGAUCCAGCUACUAAUGAGAGGGUCACUUCUAUCACUGGUUUCAAAUCAACUCAUGGCCCUAUUACAUAUUUAGGAUGUCCCUUAUAUAUUGGGUGUCAAAGGAUCAUUUACUUUACUAGUAUGGUAUCCAAAGUGAUCUCCAAGAUUAGAGGAUGGCAGGCCAAAAUAUUGAGCUAUGGGGGAAGAGCUACUCUUGUCAAAUCAGUGUUGCAAUCACUUCCAAUUCACCUGCUUUCAGCAAUUAUCCCUACAGUCACUACCCUCAAACAAAUUAAAGCCCUUAUGGCAGAUUUUUUCUGGGGAUGGUACAAAGAAAAGAGGAAGUACCACUGGGCUUCUUGGGAGACACUCAGCUACCCUGUGGAGGAAGGGGGUAUUGGUACAUGCAGCUUUUGGUGGGAUGAUUGGAUGGGUAUUGGACCCCUUGCUUAUCACAAUAACUAUCUACCUAGGCUCAAUAAUACUACAGUCUCUGAAUACCUUAUGAAUGGGGAAUGGAAUGUGCAGAAAAUCAGAAAAUAUGCCCCUCCUCAGCUUGUGUUUCAGAUCCUUAACACUAAGAAAUUUAGCAAAACAUAUUUGGCAGCAAUUUUCCAGAUCUUGGGGAAUCCUGCAAGACAACUGGCCUCUGAGAAACAUCCUGAUGAAGUGGUGGACUUCUAA